AUGGGGCCAUGGAGCUGUUCUGAGUGCCUUAGCAAGAACGAAGGCGGAGCGAUGUAUUGCAUGCAGUGCAAGCAACCAUCUCCGGAAAUGAAGAGAGCUAUUGAGGAAGAGAAGCAACAGAGAGCAGCGGAUGAAGGAAGAGGUGGUGGCUUAUUUGACCGGCAGGACCCAAAUGACCGGAAUGCAUGGGAUAGUGAUGAUGAAGAGGUGGAUGAGUUUGGAAGACGGAAAAAAAGUAACAGAGCUGUGAAGAGUCGAGGCACGGGUCAGCCGAAGGGGCAGGCUAAGACCGACAAGCACAAGGCAGCCCUAGAAAGAUUGAGGAGCAAACAUGCGAAUGGCCGAGAGGGCAUACGCUCUCGCAGCCGCAGCUGA